AUGAGUGACGUUAAGUUCGUACCGGGACUCGCGACUAGUCUGAUUUCGGUCGGUAAACUAGUGCAGAAGAACUUAAGUGUGUGUUUCGGUAAGGAAGACUGCAAAAUCGUCGAUUCGAAAGGUGAUACGGUGGUUACCGGAGCACGAGAUGGAGGGCUGUACCGUCUGCGUGCAGCUGGGGCUGCCAUGAAGGCAACCGAAAGUCGACACCGAGAAAACUGCCAGCACCAGUGGCACAGAAGGCUUGGCCACCGCGAAUCACCUGCCAUCGAGCGUAUUUUGAAGGAAAUUUUGGCCAACGGAAUCAAGGCGUCAACGGCUGAUCCUUGCUUGUACGUGCGAGGAGGUGAUUGCAAAGUGUAUCUAUUGGUCUACGUCGAUGACCUUCUGGUUGCUUCAUCAUCGGAAGGGGAAAUCUUGAAGAUCUUCAAUAGCCUGAACGUGGACCUCGAUUUGACGUCUCUGGUAUCUGUGCGACACUUCCUGGGACUCGAGGUAAAGCGGGAGCAAGGUGUUUUCAAGAUUUGUCUACAGCAGUAUAUCGAGAAGCUCGUCAGUAAUCAUGGAAUGAGUGAUGCCAAGGGAGUAAGGUCACCUAUGGAUCCUGGAUAUCUCAAGUGCGUCGAAACUGGGGAAGUUCUGGAAGAUGCCACACAAUACCGGAGUCUAGUUGGAGGUCUCUUGUAUCUUGCAGUAGUGGCCAGACCAGACAUAGCAAACACAGCUGCUGUUCUUGGUAGAAAAUGUUGUGGACCAACACAAUGCGAUUGGACUGCCGCAAAGAGAGUGCUCCGCUAUCUGAAGCGGACCAGUACCUACUUUCUUGUAGCUGGUGGUAAUCCAGGUCAACGGUUGAACGGGUACUCGGACGGUGAUUGGGCCGGUGAGCCUGAUAAUCGGGAAUCAACUUCGGGAUCCGUAUUCUUCUUUGGUGGAUCGGCUAUUUCGUGGGCAAGUCGAAAGCAAGCAAGCGUUACUCUAUCGUCCAUGGAAGCCGAAUAUGUAGCCUUGAGUGAAGCCUGCCAGGAAGCUAUCUGGCUCAGGAAACUAUUAAGUGAUCUUGGAGAAGCCCAAACAGAGCCGACAGUGAUUCGUGAAGACAAUCAAGGGUACUUAGCCUUUGUGAAAAGCGAAAGGGUGAGUCGCAAGUCUAAGCACAUCGACACCAGACAGAAGUUUGUCCAGGAGCUGUGCGUUAAGAAGGUCAUCGAUCUAGUAUAUUGCCCAUCGGAUUGCAUGAUAGCGGACGUCAUGACGAAGCCAUUAGGGCCUACGAAGCAUACGAAGUUCUGUGAGGACCUUGGCCUGCAGCAAUGA